AUGGCGACUUAUGCGAAUGCCCCUAGAAAAAUCGACAAUUCAAUCCCUUUCGAGUUUGACGACGAAGACAUGGAAGAUAUUAAAGGCAUCGAUCCAGAUGCCGACGCCCAUAUUGAACCAGAAGGGACAUUGACGCCUAUGGAAAGCGAAAUCUUCAAGCGCAUUUUUGACGAUAUCUCUCAUGCCCGUCUGCCCCAAAAUAAGAAGUCUGGUCGUCCUCAAGAGGCUGAACCCACUCAAACAUCAACUACAACAAACUUGGAAAGGCAGCGCCUAGGUGACACCCUCGUCGAGAAAGCUCGCGCUUCAGACGCUAGCGAUGACUUCCUGAAACGUUAUCCGCUUUCGUUGCGAAAAGCUGCCCAGCAUGCCCUUGGCAAGUUUGAGUCUGCGCCCAAACGUCCCAAGCUGCACAAUUUGGCCGAGCUUGACAAGGCAGAGAAGGCACAAAUGCGAGAAUGGGCAAAGUACGAAGAUCUCAGAGGCAAGGAAAGGGAAAGAGUUAUGAAUCUGAUGAAGAAGUGUACAAGCGAUGUUGAGCUGUGGGACCUCAUGGAGAAGGAAGUUUUCUCACUUCCUGUUGAGCUGGGAAUUGUUGAAGUACCAAAGACUGAGAAGAGGGGACGGAAGCCCAAGAACGCACCAGCGAAGAAAGAGAAAAAGGUAGCGACCAAGGAAGAGAAACCUAUCAUGGAUGUUCACGGAUAUCUAUACUCUGACUUCCUGACCUACGGCCUGACUCGCCUGGACAGCGCAUUCCCGAAACCCUCUCUCCUGGCCUUUAACAUUCUCCCCCGAAUUAAGGAACUCGGUCUGUCCUCCUACGUCCUCGGCGUAUCUUCACCCCUCUUCAUCAAGGUCGCCCAAAUUCACUGGGAACGAUACGGCGAUGCUGUAUCUGCCUGUGAGGCUCUUGACGAGAUGAAGCCACUGGGAAUUUUCCCCACAGAGACUGAGAAGAUUAAUGAGGUUGAGAAACUGGUCAAGGAUAUUGAAGAUAACCUGCACAGCUGCACUUGGGGAGCUCAAGGGCCUUUCGUCAUGGCUAUGAUGCAAGCGGGCCCCUAUGAUGUUACCCUCACGGCUCGCCUUGGACGACUGAAGAGCAUCAUUGCCAAGAAACACUUCUACAACGAAAGGGAUGCUUUGAACUUGGCGCAGGAUGAGGAGGUGAAGGCCCAGCAUGUGGAGGCCGCACGAUAA